CAAAUGAUAAAAAUUUUCGGGCCGUAACGUGCUAUUUAUACUUUUCUCACACACACAUUUCUUCAAUAAUGGGGUGGUUUGCCUUGUGUGUGCCUACUAGCUGUGACUACCUGAAAUUCUUGUCGACUACAAUCUACAAAUUCUGUAUAGCUGGCCGAUUUGGUUAUCAUUUGUGAACAGUGUUAAAAGUGUUUGUGUGAUUCAAAAAAAUAAUAAGUGAAAAUGCCUCCUAAAACCAGUGGUAAAGCAGCAAAGAAGGCCGGCAAAGCCCAAAAGAACAUUACCAAGGGCGAUAAGUCGAAGAGACGUACCAAGCGUAAGGAGAGUUACGCUAUCUACAUUUACAAAGUGUUGAAGCAAGUCCAUCCCGACACCGGUAUCUCCUCCAAGGCCAUGAGCAUCAUGAACAGUUUCGUCAACGAUAUCUUCGAACGUAUUGCCGCCGAAGCCUCUCGUUUGGCCCACUACAACAAGCGCUCGACCAUCACCAGUCGGGAAAUCCAGACCGCCGUCCGUCUAUUGUUGCCCGGUGAAUUGGCUAAGCACGCCGUCAGUGAAGGUACCAAGGCUGUUACUAAAUACACCAGCUCCAAGUAAAUGUCUUGAUAUUUUUCAUUUUCAUGCGUCGAAAUACUACCUUAAAAGGCCCUUUUCAGGGCCACAAAAAACAUUUCAAAAGAGAUCAUAUUUUGUUGAAGCUACAAUUUAUCAUUAUUUAGUAAUAAACGAAUAAAAUUCCAUAAGAAAUAUAUUUUUCUCUAUACAAUGAUUUUUCCAAGCAUUUAGCUAACUCGCAUAUGUGCCUUUGCUUGCUUGGGUUCUAUGCUUGCUUGUGCUAUAUGCUAUAACAGCCAUAGUCGUCGUGUAUGUGUGCGUGUGUUAGUGGUGAUUUGCCUUGCCGUCGUUGAUCAACAUCGAAUGGGCAUCAUGUAUGUGUGAGCAUUUUGUUACAGCACAACGGCAAAGCAACGAA